CCCUGACACUUGCGAUAACCCGUGGCCCUCACUCCUCAUUGCAGACUCCGUGAGGUGAUGAGGUGCGCCAUGUGACGAGCCGAGGGGAACAUGAACAGCGCGCCGUCCGACGCUUCCACUUCUACUGAUGACCUAAAGAGCGGGGUGUGCGUGUGGUACCUGCCGGCGGGCUGCGCGCUGCUGUGUCCGUCGCCGCGGCCCGGGCGGCUGGCGGCGGGGAUGUCCCCCCCCGCGCCGCGCGCCGCGUACGAGCUGGGCGCCGCCGCCGUGCACGCGCGCCCGCUGGCCCUGCUCCGCCGCCCGCGCUCCCCGCCCCCCGCCUCCAGCGACUGGCUGCCGUCCAGCUCGCCCUCCCCGCGCCGCGCCCCCCACCGCCUGCUGCCGCCGCUGCACUUCCCGCUGCCGCGCGAUGACUUGCAGGACAGCUCGGACGACUUCUGGAGCCAGCGGCGCGCGCAGACGGAGCGGCGCUGCCUGCCGCCGCUGCAGCUGCCCCCGCCCGCGCCCCGCGCCCCUCGCACGCCCCGCGCCUUGCGCUCGCCCCGUGCCCCGCUCACUCCCCGCGGCCCACGCACGCCCCGCGCCGCACCGCCGCCCGCCCGCGCCCCGCGCCGCGCCCCCGGGGUCUCCAAGCACAAGCGGCGCGCCCGGCUCAGCGGCCUGCGCCGCGCCCUCGCCUGCCUCAUGCAGCGCACUGUCCGGGGUGAGCAUUUCUAUUAUCCUACCAAAUUACAGGGAAGAAAAUAUCUCAACUGCACAUUUUACAAUCGCAAAAACUCGUCGAUAACUCCAGGAUGGCACAGGUCACGGGUCGCGACCCCGCCUGACCUCGUCGGAUCCCUCGACCCCGACGUGGACCUGGACCUGGAGCUGCACCUGGACCUGGACCUGGACCUGCACUUCGACAGGAAGCCAAGGAGAGUGCGGUAUUUCUGGACCGAACCAGUGCGCGUGUGA